CGAGACAGCGCCCCGCCCUCCGGUCCGCUAAGCUCUCCGCGCAUGCGCCAGGCUCGGAGGUGGGCGGGGCGAGCAGAGAGCGCGCGCCUGAGGAAGCGGAAGUGGCGGCGGCGCGGCGGCAGCCGAGGCAGGAGUCUCUGUCUGGCUGCUGAGGGAGCUGCGGGAGCCGUGGUCGCGAGCGGAGGGCUGAGGAGGCCGGCGCCCCGCACAGGGGCCCCGCAAUGCGCACAGCGGACCGACUUGGUCCCGGGGCCGGCGGCUGGGCCGGAGCUGGGCGGGCCGGGGCUGCGCGGGCGGCACGAGCAUUGCCGCGGCCCGUGGGCAGGGGGCUCCUCUGACACCGCACUCGGGCCUCGACCUCGGCUUCGGACCCCGUUCGGGCGCCAUCCGCCCCGCUGAUCAGCCUCCGCUCCCAUCGUCGCCGCCGCCAUGGCCUGGGUGCUGAAGAUGGACGAGGCGGUGGAGGCGGGCCUGGUGCAUGACUUCGACGCCAGCCUGUCGGGCAUCGGGCAGGAGCUGGGUGCAGCCGCCUACAGCAUGAGCGAUGUGUUGGCCCUACCCAUUUUCAAGGAGGAAGGGGCUGUCCUUCCAUUGGUGAACGAACCCAAACAACCGCCCUUCCAGUACAUCCUGUGUGCUGUGACGUCCCCUGCGGUCAAGCUGAACGAAGAGAGUCUCACUUAUCUGAACCAAGGUCAGUCCUAUGAAAUCCGGAUGCUGGACAACCGGAAAGUGGGAGAUAUGCCUGAGAUCAGUGGAAAGUUGGUGAAGAGCGUUAUUCGCGUCGUGUUCCAUGACCGACGGCUUCAGUACAUGGAACACCAGCAGCUAGAAGGCUGGAAGUGGAACCGCCCUGGAGACCGACUGCUUGAUCUCGACAUCCCGAUGUCCGUCGGAGUCAGUGACGUAAAGACAAACCCCAACCAGUUAAAUGCUGUUGAGUUUCUCUGGGACCCCGCAAAGCCCACAUCUCCAUUUAUUCAGGUGCACUGCAUCAGCACUGAGUUCACGCCACGCAAGCAUGGCGGAGAGAAGGGGGUUCCUUUCAGAAUCCAGGUGGACACCUUUAAGCAGAAUGAGCACGGCGACUACACUGACCACCUGCACUCGGCCAGCUGCCAGAUCAAAGUCUUUAAGCCUAAAGGAGCUGACCGAAGAAUGAAAACAGACCGAGAAAAGCUGGAGAAGAGGACAGCCGCUGAGAGGGAGAAGUUCCAGCCUUCCUACAGCACUACCAUCCUCAGCGAGAUGAGGCUUGAGCCUGUAUUGGAAGCUCCUCCGGUUGAAAAAGAGCAGAAAAGGUCCACCAAGCGGACUUUGCCAGCAGACUGCGGCGACUCUGUGGCAAAGCGCGGCAGUUGCUCCCCGUGGCCCGCCUCGAGCCCACCCUGCAAGAGCCCCGCGCCCGCGCCCGCUCCCACCUUGAGCCCUGCUCCGACCAGCACCUGCAGCAUCCCGGAGAGCAGUUCUUCUCCUCCAAACUAUCAAGCAGAUGUGGUUCUCCAGAGCCCCAGUGAAGUUGCUCUCCCCUUCCCCCAGCAACUGCAUCCAUUAGCCAACAUCCAGGAGACCCAAGAAUGGCUGCUCCGGCACAGGUUCUCUACCUACUCGAGGCUCUUCACCAAUUUCUCGGGUGCAGAUUUGUUGAAGCUGACAAGAGACGAUCUCGUACAGAUCUGUGGUCCGGCUGAUGGCAUUCGUCUCUACAAUGCACUGAAGUUGAGGAUGAUUAGACCCCGUCUCACCAUCUAUGUCUGCCAGGAGCAGUCCAGGGGCAUACGGGUGGAAAGGCAACCAGAUGAUGACUACGGAGACGACGACAGCGGUGUAGUAUUUGUUUAUCACGCAAUCUACCUGGAAGAGAUGGUAGCCUCAGAAGUCACGCAGAAAUUGGCUUCAAUAUUUAAUAUUCCUUUGCACCAGAUUAACCAGGUUUACAAACAGGGUCCCACCGGGAUUCACAUUCUCCUUAGUGACCAGGAACAUCAGGGCUCUUGGGGCCGCCUCAUGCCUGCUUCCUCUUUCCAGGUGGUUCAGAAUUUUGAAGACGAGAGCUGUUUCCUGUUCGCCACUAUCAAAGCAGAAAAUGGCGAAGGUUUCCACAUCGUUCUUAAAUGAGACCAGGUGCAUGCUGGCCCGGCUUCGGUCUGGAUUGAAGCCUCCCCUGCCCUCUUGUGUACAGAGACUGGACCGAAGGGACACCGGGACUGGACUCCCCCUCUGACCCAUGUUUCCUAUUGAAAGUGUGAGGUGACUUUGGUGAGCACUGCUCGAGAGGCGGACUUGCUGCUCGUCCCCGCCCUCACCGCAGUCCUGGAGGCGCCACGGCCCGAGCCGUGGGGACCCAGAGGCGCCACCUGCCGCCGCCUAGGCCUCUGGGACGCCGUCUGGUCUGGAAAUGAAUGUAGUCCCUUCUGUGCAGUCAUUUGUCCCUGCUCCCACCCUUGGUGACUUGGGAGCCCCUGGGGCAGAAGGCCUGGAGAUUGUGCCGAGAGCGACGAGGCGGGAGACCCUCUGGGGCGUGGGUCAGACCCUCGUGGACUCGGGGCUUGAGUGGGGGGUGGGGGGGUGGGGGGGUGGAGAUGGGGCACGUGACUCUGAAGCCUGAAACCAGUCAUGCCCAGAUAUGUCACCGGAGCCUGUCCAGCGCAGCCCAGGGGAGGUGCUCCCCUGCCUGGUCUCUUUGUCCUCUUUUUUUUUCCCCCUGUUUUUCUUUCUUUGCCUUUUUAUUCCCUUCUUUAAAAAACAAAAGUCUAACUCUUGGCCUAGACCCCAGAGACACAAAAAGCAGAGGGGUCUUCUGGCGGUAAGAGCUUGGGACUCAGUGGGGGGGGAGGGACUGGAAGGCCUCCUGCAGGGCCUGCCCCCUCCUCUCCGUCCGGUGUGUCUGGACCUUGACCCCCCCCCCCCGUCUCUGGGAUCACCAAGACGGGGCACGGGCCUGCCGCACACCCCGAGUCGAGCUUUCGUCGUGCGCCCCAAGGUUUCCCCGUGAGUUAAAACCGAUCUUGGAUCUUCUCCCCUUUGCUGUUUUCCUGCCAUCUUUUGGGCCAAAGUGUUCACCAGUCAGCCCGGGAUCGUUUGUGAGCCCCUCGCCCAGCGUAGUGUUACCCGGCUUGUGUCCCAUUAUCGUUUCACUUGGUGCAUGCGCGUGUGCAUGUUUGUGCCCAUUUGUGUAUUCCUGGGGUUCUGGGGGAGGGGCUUUGGUCUGUAGCUGCUUUUCUCCCCGGGAUGGGGUCCUAGUUUUAAAAACCUGUAGUGCUUGUGUGGUCACUAAAGAGAACCGAGUCCCACCAAAGGCAGAUUCCAUUCCCAUCUGAAACUUUAAACAGGAGCCUUCUCAUGACCAAAUAUCUCAUUCCCUGAUAACGAGCUCGGGGGGAGGAGCCGUGGGUUUGUAAUACCCGGUGGUGGCCCUUGGGGUCACCAUUGGGACCUCAGCAUGUAGGGAGCCGCCACUCCAUCGGCCCCUCCUCCGCCUGGCUCUGAGCUGGCCCCCCCCACUAAAAGUGGGGGUGAUUCCCUUGAAUCUGGCCGAGCUCAGAUUUCACAAAGGAAAAUCGUUCAUCAGUUGAUUCCCAGGCACCUGUAAUGAAAUGAUCACACCAGCAAAGUGCUGUUUUAAAGAGUGGGACGUACACAUUUUAGUUUAACUGUAAUAAAUGUUUUCUGAACAUUUUGCAAAUGUGGUUUUUUGCCUACUAUUAAUGGUGCCCCCCUGUGUGCUCAGCAGACCUCAGAGAGCUUGGGGCAGUCUGCCUUUUUCUGCCCCGGGGCAGGGCCCGAAGGGCCUUACCCCCGAGGUCGCUGGGCCAGGCCUGGCGGGGGAGCCUCGCUGCCCUGCCAGCAGCCUUCCCUCCUCAGCCCCUGCCAGGAAAGUCUCCCCACUUCCUCCCCCUGCACAGGGUUGUGUGUCUGGUUGUGAGGAGAGGGAGCCCCCGCAAAGCCCAGGAAUCCCGCACCAAUGGUGCGGCCGGCGCGGGUGUGGCUCCUCUUCUGCGUCGGGGAGGCGAUGGCCACCCAGACGGGUCGCAGAGCCGCCAUGGCGAGACGAGAGACAGUGUCUUGUGCAAAGGAAGUGUCUGUCCCCGUGUCAGUAUUUAAAUAGCAGGAAAAAUCUGUGUAAGUGUGUGUGUAUGUGCGCGUAAAGUCGUGUAAGCUUUGCUCAGAGCCACGUCCUCCCGGAGAGCUCGUCUGUAAGCGCUCCGGACCCUGUGGCUCUGACGGGACCCUGGCAAAUCUGCUGAUCGUGACGUGAGGCUGCCGUGAAGGGCUGGGGGCCGGGUAGUCCGUCCCCCGCAUGGGGAGAGAUGAUCUCUUUUGCCUUAGAGUUGAGUGCAUUUGUCUGGGUUUCUGUGCUUUUUAAAUAAACUUGAAAACAUGAUGGUCCCAUUC